AUGCUUUCAAAUACUACAAGAAUAAUUAACAAGAGGAGUAUCCAAAUUGGGUUAUCGUCAACCAUCAAGAGAUGGAACUCUUCUCAGAAAGAUACCUAUAAAGUCAAUGAGUAUUCGAAUUUCCCUGAAGAUGCUGCCGACGCCACCUCGACCAUUCUAACUGACGCCAUUGAUUUCCAACGGAGAAUUGAAUCCAAACAGAGAGUUACCUGGUGGGAGAUUUUGGAGAAGGACAGAUUGAGGAAACAAGAGGGUAAAAAUAUCGACUCCUUGACCAUGGACGACGUGAAGACGGAAAAAGUCAUUGAGAAAACAAGAGAAGAUUCGUUCUCCUUUAUACCUCUACCUUUCAAGGAUGACUUAUCUUUGCGUGAUUUCUAUAUCAAUGCGCCGGGUAGACUAAGAUUUGGUCAUUUGUUUCAAGAUUUGGAUGGUUUGGCCGGUAGAGUUGCUGCUAAGCAUUGUAAACCUGCAGAACCAAUGAAUGUCACUGCAUCCAUCGACAGAAUCUAUGUCACCAAAACCAUCGAUGAAAUUGACAAGUAUAACUUCCUCAUUGUCGGCUAUUGUAGUUAUACAGGUAAUUCCUCCAUGGAAAUCUCAAUUAAAGGUUACGCUUAUGAAGAUGCAUUACCAGAUUCACACUCAAUAACUCCAAAGAUUGUCGAAACUGCCGCAAGCAAGUGCUUCUUAUCUGCCAACUUCACCUUUGUUGCUAGAAACCCAGCAACUCAUAAGGCCCAUAAAAUCAACAAAUUGUUACCUACCAAUGAACUGGAAUGGAUCGAAUACAAACGUGCAGAAUCUCAUAACGCUGCAAAGAAACUCAGAGCUAAAGUUUCAGCACUUGAUAAAAAUCCACCAACGGCAGACGAGUCCAAAAUCAUUCAUUCCCUAUACAAUUCUUCCAAAAAAAUUUUCCAAAUUCCAAAGAAUGAAAGACCGAAAAAUCUAAAGCUGAUGAAGGACACCAAACUGUCGGCUACCCAGAUCCAACAACCUCAAUAUAGAAAUAGACAUGGUAUUAUAUUUGGAGGCUAUUUAUUAAGACAAACCUUUGAAUUGGCAUAUUGUGCAGCAGGUGCUUUUUCAAGAUCUUAUCCUAGAUUUAUAUCAUUGGAUAAUACGACCUUUAAAGCACCCGUUCCAGUUGGCUGUGUCUUAUCUAUGGAAGCUGAAGUUUGUUAUACCGAACACAUCCAUGACGUUGAAGAAGAUGCAAACUCAGCCAAUGUCAUAUCCAAAUUAAUGAAGGAUUAUGACACAUCAGCAAACAAAAUGUCCAAGAACGAUAAGGAGCUACUUUCAUCACCAGGUACUUUGAUUCAAGUUAAGGUGGACACCAAGGUUAAUGACUUGAGUGAUGCUACCACAUCUACCCCAAGUGGUACCUUCGUCUACAGUUUCUUUGUUCCUAGAGACGUUGAUGGAUUCGAUAACCCAGGAUACUGCUCCGUUGUUCCUGAAUCGUAUGGUGAAAUGAUGGACUAUGUGGAAGGUAGAAGAAGGGCAUAUGAUACUGCAGCGUAUGCUGAACAACUGAGGUUGACAGGCCAAGAAUAG